AUGGGACAUAAACAAUCGCUUAGAUCAAGUCGCGCAAUUGAUGAUUUAGCAUUUGGUACGGCUCCAAAUGCUGUAAAGAUGGAGGAAGUCAUUGAAGUAACACAAAAAAUACCUGGAAAACUUUUUGGUGCUAAAAUGAUUGAAAACGAUCCAUCAAUGCGUCAAAUGCAAUACGACCUUUUAUCAUUUGAUGAUACACUUCGACGACUUUUUCGACGAAAAAAAAAGAAACUUUCACAGAUACAAGACACUACAAAUGAAUCUUAUCAAGAUAGACAAUAUUAUGCUGAAAACCAAGAAUAUUAUGAUCAAGAUGGACAAUAUUAUGCUGAGAAUCAAGAAUAUUUUGAUCAAGAUGGACAAUAUUAUGCUGAGAAUCAAGAAUAUUUUGAUCAAAAUCAAGAACCAAUACCUGAAGAAGAUGAAGAUUAUCUUUCAUCUAGUUAUGUCGGUGAAAAUAAACAAACACCAAAUAAAGAUAACCAAAAGGGCCUUCCAUGGCGAUGCAAAUAUUGUACUGCGGAAAACAAAUCAACUGACAUCGAUUGUCGUCAGUGCAAACAAAGCGGAACAAAUUUUUAA